AUGUCCACUGGGGGCAGGUUCAACUUUGAUGAUGGGGGGUCAUACUGUGGGGGGUGGGAGGAAGGCAAAGCCCACGGCCAUGGCAUCUGUACUGGGCCGAAGGGCCAAGGCGAGUACUCAGGGUCCUGGAGCCAUGGCUUUGAGGUGGUGGGGGUGUACACAUGGCCCAGUGGGAACACCUACCAGGGCACCUGGGCGCAGGGCAAGCGCCAUGGGAUUGGAAUGGAGAACAAGGGCAAGUGGGUGUAUAAGGGGGAGUGGACAAGUGGAUUUAAGGGACGCUACGGCCUCAGGGAGAGCACCGGCACCAGCGGGAAGUACGAGGGGACCUGGAACAACGGUCUUCAGGACGGAUACGGUACGGAGACCUACUCCGAUGGAGGUACGUACCAAGGCCAGUGGGUGGGGGGGAUGCGGCAUGGAUACGGCAUGCGGCAGAGUGUGCCAUACGGCAUGGCAGCCGUCAUCCGCUCUCCGCUGCGUACCUCCAUAAACUCCUUGCGCUCGGAGCACAGUAACGGGACGGCUCUGCUCGCGGACCGGGCCGGCGUGGGGAGUGUGGGCGGGACAGGCUCCACCGGCAGUCCGGCAGUGUCGCGGGGGGGCUUCGUGCUCACUGCACACAGCGAGGCAGAGCUGCUGAAGGGCAAGAAAAAGGGUCUGUUCCGAGGUCGCUCCAUCCUCAGCGGACUCAAACUGAGGAAGUCAGAGUCCAAGAGCUCCCUGGCCAGCCAGCGCUCCAAGCAGAGCUCGUUCCGCAGUGAGGCGGGCAUGAGCACGGUCAGCUCGGUCAACUCUGACAUCAACUCCACCAUCAGCCUGGGAGAGGGCGAAGCCGAGCUGGCCGUCGCCGAGGACGACGUGGACGCCACGGCAACAGAGACCUACUGCGGCGAGUGGAAGAACGACAAGCGCACGGGCUGUGGGGUGAGCCGGCGCUCGGACGGCCUGCACUAUGAGGGCGAGUGGGUGGGAAACAAGCGGCACGGGUACGGCUGCACCACCUUCCCUGACGGGACCAAGGAGGAGGGCAAGUACAAGCAGAACGUCCUGGUGAGCGGCAAAAGGAAGAACCUAAUCCCCCUCCGAGCCAGUAAGAUCAGAGAGAAGGUGGACCGGGCUGUGGACGCGGCCGAAAAGGCUGCGGACAUCGCCAAUCAGAAGGCUGAGAUCGCCAUGUCCAGGACGGCCCAUGCACAGGGGAAGGCAGAGGCGGCCAUUGGAGCCAGCCAGAAGGCCCAGGAGGAGUGUCGCCUCGCCAGGGUCACCGCCAAAGGGUUCUCCCCCUCCUUCCAGCACCGCGAAAACGGAGUAGAGGUCCAAAGGCCAAAGCAUCAGAACUCCAGUGACAACGACAUUGAGGUGAUCUCCGGUGGCACGGGGCCAGACAGUCCUGAACUCUACAUAAAGGGCACCACACCCCCCAACCUGACCCCUGACCUUAGCCCUGAGGCCAGCCACCCCUCCUCACCCCCCUGCAGCCCCACCACCUCCAAGCCAUACCGCACCAAGAACGCACGCUUCCUGCGGCAGAGUGCUGUGGACGACGCUGGGAGUGGUGGCGGUGGGGGCGGGGGAGGGGGCAGUGGUGGCCAGGAGAUCCAGGUGCUGAUGGAGGGCCGUGGAGGGGGGGAGUACCUAAGGGCCAACAGCUGGAGCGAGGACAAACGCUCUUCUAAAGAGGGCAGCAGGGGGGGCAGCAGGGGCAGCGGUCGAUCCACCACCCCAUCUGUCCAGGACGAGGCCAGGGGCCGCACCAACGGCCACGGCCAUAAGCACGCCUCCUCCAAUCACAAGUCUCGAGAGCAUGGCUCGUCCAAUCACAAGGCCUCCAGGGACCGAUGGUCGGACUGCCCGUCAACAUCGUGGAGGUCCCAGCGGACGCACAGCGGUGACACGCGGCUGCUGGAGCAGGAUGAGGAGAAGCUGAGCAACUACGAGAUGGAGAUGAGGCCGCUGCAGCCCAUGGACUCCAACUCCCAGAAUCCCUAUGGGUUGGGAGAGGAGCGCCAUGGUCACAGUGGCGAGGCCCGCUCUCACACGCUGCAGAGACAGCGGCCUUCUAAGACCCGGGAGGGCAGGGAAAGGGAGGGACCGGCCCCAGACUCAAUGCAAAAGCUGGACAGUCUGAGCAAGGGGGACAAGUUGGAAGCUCGGCCUCUGCGCAGGGAUCUCACCCUCUCCCCCCCACAAAAAUCCUCACCCAUUGCACUAGAACACGACGAUGACAAGAAACUAACCCAGCUCAAAGCAAACUCGGGCUCCAGCUCAAUUCUGGUCGUCAUGGUGAUUUUGCUCAACAUUGGAGUCGCAAUUUUGUUUAUUCACUUUUUUAUUUAA